UGAUAUUGGGCGUUAUUUCGCGCUCUCUCUCUCUCUCUCUGCAGUGUGCAUACCCAACAAGCUUUGACCAAAAUUAGGGCACAACACUCUCACCUCCAAUUUCCAGCAAUUCAUUCGAAGAUGAAGAGAAUUUCUCUGCACAUUGGUAUUAUUCCCUUUAUUUCUUUCUUUCCAAUUUCCAUUUCUUCUUCUUCAACUACAAUUAUUAGACUUUAUUCUUCAACCCAUACUAAUAAGUCCAUUUCAGUAAAGGCUAAACUUGGGGCUACUACCAAUUUUGAGAGCGUUAAGUGUUUAGAUGACGCUGUUACUCUCUUCCAUCAAAUGGUCAUAAUGCUGCCUCUUACUUCUCUUGUCAGCUUCUCUAAAUUAUUUAAGACUAUUCUCAAUAUGAAGCAUUAUUCUGUUGUUGUUUCUCUUUUUCGAGAAAUGCUGAAAUUAGGUAUCCCAAUUAAUGGAGUCAUCUUGAAUAGUGUGAUUAACUGUUACUGCCUGAUGCAUCGUGCUGAUUGUGCAUUUUCUGUGUUACCCAUUUACUUGAAGAAUGGCAUUCCAUUUAAUGUUGUCACUUUUACCACCCUAAUUAGGGGAUUAUUUGCUGAAAAUAAGGUCAAAGAUGCUGUCGAGUUGUUCAAAAAAUUGGUGAGAGAGAAUAUCUGUGAGCCCAAUGAAGUCAUGUAUGCAACCGUCAUGAAUGGACUCAGCAAAAGUGGCCAUACUCAAAAAACAUUAAGUUUGCUCCGGUUAAUGGAACAAGGAAGCACUAAGCCCAACAUAUUUAACUACAGCAUUGUUAUAGAUGCUCUCUGCAAAGAUGGAAACUCGGAUGCUGCUAUCAACCUUCUGAACGAGAUGAAGCAGAAAGACAUUCUUCCAAAUAUAGUCACCUGGAAUUCAUUAAUUGAUGGUUUGUGUAGACAUGGCCAGUGGGAAAAAGUUAAGACUUUGUUCUCUGAGAUGGUGAACCUUAAUAUUUAUCCAAAUGUGCGUACCUUCAACAUUGUGAUUGACGGACUAUGCAAAGAAGGAAAAGUUGAAGAUGCCAAGGAAAUAAUGAGCCACAUGAUUGAAAAAGGUAUAGAGCCUAAUGUAAUCACCUACAAUGCGAUAAUGGAUGGAUAUUGUUUGUGUGGUCAAGUGGAUAGAGCGAGGAGAAAUUUUGAUAUCAUGAUAGAUAAAAAUAUGGAACCUAACAUUAUUUGUUAUAACAUACUAAUAAAUGGAUACUGUAAGGAAAAGAAAAUAGUUGAGGCCAUGCAAUUGUUUCAUGAAAUUUCUCAAAAGGUAUUAAAACCUAAUAUUUUUAUCUACACUACUAUUUUGCAUGGUCUGUUUGAAGUUGGAAGAAUUGGAUCUGCUAGAAAAAUCUAUGAUGAGAUGGUGUCUGCAGGGCCCAUUCCUGAUCUAUACACUCAUGUCACAUUGCUCAAUGGUUAUUUUAAGUAUGGACUUGUUGAAGAAGCUUUGUCGAUCUUUAAUAAGUUGGAAAGAAAGAUAGAACAGACUAGUAUUGAAUUUUACAAUGUUGUUAUUAAUGGAUUGUGCAAAAAUGGUAAAGUCGACAAAGCUCGUGCUAUUUUUGAGGAGCUUUCUUCAAUUGGAUUGCUUCCAAAUAAGAGAACAUACAAUACAAUGAUAAAUGGAUUUUGUCUAGAAGGAUUGUUAGAUGAAGCUAAAGAUAUGCUAAGAAAAAUGGAGGACAACGAUUGUUUUCCGGACAAUGUCACUUACAAUGUGUUUGUGCAAGGAUUUCUCAGGUGUAGCAAAAUUAGUGAAAUGCAAACUUUUAUGAAGAAAAUGACUAGAAGGGGCUUCUCAUUUGAUGCAACUACAGCUGAGUUACUAGUAAAGGCUAUAAGUGAGAAUCCUUCCGUCCUUGAAAUGAUACCAGAACUUCAAUCAAAAAAUAAUAAGUGAAUAUUUCUUUCGCUUUGUUUCUUCGGCUGACAUUAUGAAAUGAUAUCCAAUGCAACUGUGGAAGCUGAAAAAAUGGCAAUUAGUACAUCGCUUGAGCUUUCCAGGCAGGCUUACAGAGGAGGUAUAUCACUUUUGAUAUUUUGAUUCUUUUUUCACUCUUAUUUAUCUUGGAAAUCAGAUGUUACUGCACUCAUAAUAUGAGUAAUACUGUGACUUCCCUUAUGUGCACACGCUAUAAGUUGAGGAAUAUAAUUUUCUGUGCUAUUUAGUUAUCUUCAUGUAUUAUCAUUUUCUAUUUUUUUGUGAAUAAAUAACAACUGCAUGCAACUUGAAAUGUUUUGGGAACAAUCUUUUUGACAAGUUCAACCCAUCCUUCUAUCCGUGAACCAUAUAGUAUUAAUAUUUGUGAUUUUCCUUAAAUUGAAAUAGAACUUGUUCAAAAUUGAUAGGACAUACUAUAGAUGAAUGGUCAGCACAAUGUUCUAGUUAUUUAGAAUAUAUUUGUCGAGGUUUAUGUAUGAUCCAAGAGUACCAUACUGAUUUUAAAACAUAAUAAUGGUGAGUUUCCUUAUGUGUACACAUUACAACUCUAGUAAUAUCAUUUUUAGUGUUAUUUGGUUAUCUCAGGUAUUAUCAUUUUCUAUUUUCUUAAGAAUCAAUAACUGCAUGUAACUUAGACGGGGCAAACCCACUUAGAUGGUAUCGCAGCCACUCCUAUGUCAUCCUUAUCGGUGUGGGUCAGAGUUCAAUUGAGUUUCGGCAAAUCUCAAGUAGGCGGGGCAAAUCUCAGUGCUGAAUAUAAGCAAAUCUCAUGCGGUCGAGCAAAUCUCAGCGAGGACGCUGAGUCCAUAAGAGUGGGUGUAUGUGACACUCUAGCUUAGGAGGAAAGUCCACAUCAAUAAAACAUAGAAGAGGUGCUGGGUAUAUUAGUAAGCAGGCCUUACACACUAGUGACGCGUUAUAACAUCGUGCGGGCCUAAAGCGGACAAUAUCAUUAGUGGGCUUGGUUGUUAUCUGACACCCUAGCUUAGGAGGAAAGUCCAUAUUGACAAAACAUAGGAGAGAUGUUUAGUAUAUAAGUAAGCAAGCCUUUUUUUUUAAUAAGGAAAUAAGCUUUACACACUAGCGACGCAUUUUAAAGCCGUGUAGACCUACGGCCAAAGCGGACAAUAGCACUAGUGGGUUGGGCUGUUAUAGAUGGUAUCAGAGCUCCUCUUGUGUCAGCCUUGUCAGUGUGGGGCAAAGUUCAAUUGAGUUUAGGCAAAUCCCGAAUAGGCGGGGCAAACUUCAGUGCUGAGUCUAGGCAAAUCCCAUGCGGUGGGACAAAUCUCAACGAGGACUCUGAGUUUAUAAGAGGGGGUGUAUGCGACACACUAGCUUAGGAGGAAAGUCCUAUAUUGACAAAACACAGAGAUAGAUGCUGGGUAUACAAGUAAGCAGGCCUUACAACCUAGCGACGUGUUUUAAAGUCGUGCGGGCCUAGACUCAAAGAGUACAUUAUAGUGGGCUGGGCUGUUAUACUCCAUCCUUCUGGCCCUAACUAAUGUUGGUUUUCCUGAAAUUGAAAUAAAACUUGUCCGAACCAGAUAGGAUAUACUACAGAUGAAUGGUCGACAUCAUAUUCAAAUUAUUUGAGAAUAUACUUCAUUGGAAGCUUAUCUAUGAUCCAAGAGUACUUGAUGCUUAAUGGGAAUUGAAAUUAUCAUAAAACAGUAAUAUUGUCAAUGAAAAGUUCAUUUGUCCUGUGAAAGACCUAUUUGAUUGGGAAUUUCAAGAUGUAAGUGAGUUGCUGGUGAAAUUGGGUGCUAUCUCUCUCAAUGAUCAGCUUGCUGGCUUACUGUGUGUUAGAAUACGAGUCCAUCAAACAGAGUGGAGAACUUGGUUCUCUAAUUAUUCCCUUAAGUAAAACGGAAAGUAAAUAACAGAAGACAUUUACGUGAAAAACUCCUUGCUCAAGGGAUUAAAAAUCACGACCUACAGCAGUAGGAUUUUCUCAACUUCACUAUAAACGAGCAACUUCAGAUUACAAUCUAUUGCAAUCUAGGAAUUAAACUCUUAGUCUCUCCCUCUUACAAUAACUCUAUUGCAAGAUCUUUACAAUAGCUCGAUUGUAAAGAACACACCUUGAUUAACUCUAGCCAAGUGAACAAACUCAGAAUGGUUGUAGAUCUGCAACUUCAGAUUACAACCUAUUGCAACCUAGGAAUUAAACUCUUAAUCCCUUCCCCUUACAAUAACUCUCUUGCAAGACCUUUACAAUAACUCUAUUGCAAAGAACAAACCUUGAAUAACUCUAGCCAAGUGAACAAGUUCAGAAUGGUUGUAGAUUUGUCCUACUACACUUCUUGAAAGCCGUGUAGGAAUACAAGUUAAGAACAAAAGACAAAGACUCAAUAAACCUAAGGACUUAAGAUAUCUUCAGUGGUUGGGAGCUGGUCCUUUUGUUUGUUGCAGCUUUGUUCUUGUGAGCACCUUGAGAGGCAGCUGCUUGCACUUUGAGAUAUAUGAAAUUUUCUGAUUUGCAAAGUGUUAGGUUUUUUCUUGUAUCAUGUUGCUUAUAUAGGUGCAGCAAGUCUUGUUAUGAAAGAGACAUUGCAUUGUCCACUAGCAAACUACAGUUGUGCUGCUGCACUGUCCAGUCGGUACAGUGUCAGCAGCUUUACAACUGUAAGUUUGUGGCACUCUUUCAAACUUUUGAGUGCCAUAUAACUGGAGUAUAUGCCCCAACUGCAGAACUGAGAGGGAAAAUGUGUGGGAUGAACUAGGGGCAGUAAGGGGUUUGACAGAUGGCCCCUGGGCUGUCUGUGGAGAUUUCAAUGUUACUAGAUUUCCUUUUGAAAAAAUGAACUUUGGAAGAAGAAGUCCUGCCAUGGAGGAAUUCUCAGACUUCAUAGAAGACAUGGAAUUGGUAGACCCUCAGUUGGAGGAAGGGUGUUUUACAUGGUAUAAGGGUGAUAACUAUAGAAUAGUAUCCAGAUUUGAUAGGAUUCUAUUCUCACAUGAGUGGGAUGAUAAAUUCAGGAAUAUCAAGCAGUCACUGUUGCAAAGACUGAAUCUGAUCACUUCCCAGUUGAAUUGCAGUGUGGAGUGUGGGAGCACAACAAAUCCUAUUUCAAAUUUGAAAAUUGGUGGUUGAAUACUGAUGGAUUUGUGGAAAGAAUCAGGGAUUGAUGGAGCUGGAGCUGCUUUGUCUUUACAGGCAAACCAGAUUUCAUUCUGGCUUGUAAGUUCAAAGCUUUAAAAGCCAAGUUGAAAGAUUGGAGCAGAACUAGCCAAGGAAACCUGGGAUUUCAAAAGACUCAGAUUCUGAGUCAAUUGGCUACACUGGAUGCUGUGGUGGUGAACAGAAUGCUAAUAGGAUCUAUGAAGGCAUCUUUGUUGAUGGAAUAUGAAGAGCAUCUUAAAAAUGAAGAAAUUCCAUGGAGACAAAGAUCUAGGGCUCUUUGGCUUAAAGAAGGGGAUAGGAACACCAGUUUCUUUCAUACGGUGGCCAAUGCACAUGAGAAGCAACAACAUUGA